UACAAACCUUGUUUACAUCUUUCUCUAAAGUCGAUGGUGGCAAAGACGUUCAAUUCACACGUAUAAAACUACCGUAUGAAUAGCUAUUUUUGAAUUCAGUUUCAUCAUGUUUGUCUGAAAGCAUUUAUCAUUGUAUGUAAGCAACCAGUGAAUAUUGGCUAUGUGGGAACUUUUGUCGUUCGUCGAAUAUCUUCGCUCUUGCAGUCACGUGCCUGCAAACAAUCAGAGCAGGAAACCCACAAUAAAAUAGAAAACAAUGAGAUUAUAUAGAUACCCUUCAGGUUUACUUCGGUUGUAAAGAAGCAUCCAAGCUCUCGGAGAAGACACACUGUUUCAUCCAUUGAAGAGAAGAAGGACCCGGCGUCGGAGGUUUUGUUAACAGUCUAACUUGAGUCGAAUCGGACCAAGCCCCAAAAUGACUGCAUCUGUGUUCUUCGGGUGUACAUUCAUCGCUUUCGGCCCUGCCAUUGCACUGUUCUUGUUUACUAUUGCCAGGGACCCACUCCGAGUGAUAUUUCUUAUCGCCGGGGCGUUCUUCUGGUUGUGUUCUCUGCUGCUGUCUUCACUAGUGUGGUUCAUCACAGUUCAGAUCAGCGACAAAGAGAGUGCCUCCCAGCAGAAAGGACUGCUCAUAUUCGGGGUGGUGCUCUCUGUGCUGCUGCAGGAGACGUUCCGCUUUGGCUACUAUAAGCUGCUGAAGAAGGCAAACGAAGGCUUGCUCACGCUGAGUGCAGAGGAAACCAUGCCGAUCUCCAUACGGCAACUGGCCUAUGUGUCUGGGCUGGGGUUCGGCUUCAUGAGUGGAGCGUUUUCAAUGGUCAAUAUCCUGGCCGACUCUAUUGGCCCCGGCACCAUUGGUAUCCAUGGAGACUCCCAGCACUACUUCCUGUCCUCAGCCUUCAUGACCAUGGCCGUCAUCCUGCUCCACAUGUUCUGGGGGGUGGUGUUCUUUGAUUCCUGUGAGAAACAACACUGGUGGUCCCUGGCUGUGGUCGUCAUCAGCCACCUGCUCGUCUCCUGUCUGACAUUCCAGAACCCUCAGUACGUGGGCAGCCUGGUUCCCACCUACAUAAUCAUGUUCCUCAUGGGUCUCUGGGCGUUCUUCUGCGCCGGGGGAUCUCUCCGGAACCUUAAACUCUGCCUCACCUGCAAAGACAAGGACUUCCUGUUGGCCAACCACCGGCCCAGAUAACAGAACACUGCUAAAGACACACACACACUGUCUGGGGACUCUACCCAACAGGACACACACACACUGUCUGGGGACUCUACCCAACAGGACACACACACACCACACAAACAAACAAAUAAGUGAAAGACAAGGACACACUGGGUCAAUGAUGUCCCCCCCCCCCCACCUGGGUUCUGGAAAUAGGCUCCAGGGAUGUAGUCCAGAGAGUAAAUGCUGUUUAAGCACCUUUUUUAUUUUUUGCGAAGGGCGUUUCCAGAUCUAUUACACUACAUUAGUAAUAGCAUCAUCUAGAGGGCUGUUCUUUUCCCCACUACAUCCUUGGCAGACAGACACUGCUCAGAGUGGUUGAUAAACUGGUUAGAAAUGGGGUAGAGUGACAUGGGCACAUUUGAUCUGUGUGUAAUGUAGGACAUGUCGGUCCUUAACGAGACGGUACCUAUUUGACACCAGACUGGUCAAUCUCUCUCUCUCUCUCUCUCUCUCUAUCUCUCUCUCUCUCUAUCUCUCUAUUCUCUCUCUCUCUCUCUCUCU